AUGGUGGUUACAGCAGCAGUAGGCGACGGCGGCACUAAGCAACGAGGGACGGUGCGAACCUUCAGCAUUCUGCUGAUGUUUCUGCAGGUGCUGCAUUCACAGAGCUCAACCGCCGCCCAGGAUGUGCCGUCAUCCGAUGCGGCCGGUUCCGUAUCCGCAUCGUCCUCGCACCACGAUCCCAGCUCGGUGCUAAUGGAAGGCAUCAUGCUCGACGAGGAGGGGUCACUGUUCGCCAGUCCACCCAUCGACGGGUACGGAGGGGUGCUGAGCGAGGAGGCGGCCACCAAUCUGCAGUUUCAGCCGUGGAUGCUGAACUUUGCCGACCGGUCGAUCGGCGAUCCGCACAACCAGCUGGUGGUGCUGUACAAUCGGCACAAAAACCGCAGCGUCUACCUUGGCUCGAUCGCCGGCAGCACGGCCGAGUUCUCGAGCUCGUACUUCAAGGAGAAGGUCAUUCCGCCCGGUGGCAACACGACCUUCAACGUGGUGUACCUGCCACGCAAACUGGGACCGGCCGAGGGUUCGCUGCUCAUUCACACCUCCUUCGGCAUGGUGCGGUAUCAGGUGCAGGGCGAGGGCAUCGAGUGCCCGUACCGGUUGCGGCCGUUGGUGGGCCUACAGGCGCCCCUUAACGCCACACUGUCGCCCGAGAUUACGCUGUACAAUCCGCACGAUACGCCACUGCAGAUCGUCGAGAUCUACAGCAGCGGGGGCAACUUUCAGCUGGAGCUACCCAGCGGUGCACAGGAGGGGCCACAGGCCCUGUGGGAGAUACCGCCGCACAGUACGCGCACCGUGAUACGGGUGCGGUUCCACGCGCGAACCCCCGGCAGCCAUAUCGCGUACGUGCGUAUCAAAAUCUCGGGCGGCGUGGCGGAACCGUCGCUGAUCGAUAAGAUGCUCGUGGUGCCGAUCGAGGUGGAGAUCUUCAAGGAGACGGGUCUGUACUCGCGCAUCCCGUUCCUCGAGCUCGGCCUGACCUCCGCUGCGGCCGCUGGUUCGGCAGCGGCUGCUUCGGCCGUGGCUGUGGCCGCCGGCGCCAGCGCCGGGCUCACGGGAAGCAAUCGCAAUUCGAGCACCUGGCUGAGCCUGGAUCUUUUCAAUUCCGGCAGCCAACCGGUGAAAGUGAAGAGCUGGGGCGUCCAGGCGGACGACAUCGAGUCGGUGCUCUGCAUGCACGUCCUGGUGGCCGAAGAGCGCACACUGCACGUUGAGUUCGACUGGUCGAAACUGUCGAGCGAUCGGCGGCUAAUAAGCGGCCGGAUACUGCUCAAUCUCGAACGCGUUUCGACGGCUCCGGCGCCGGAAGAUGACGAUCAGGAAUCGGACCGAUUCGAGGGCUCAAAGGCAACAGCGACGCUAAUGAGCGAGCGAGCGGGGGGCAGUAAAAUCGUGGGGCUAGCUUAUGCGACAGAAGUCCCGCUCGACGAGCAAGAGGAUGCGGAUGAUGACGAGGAACUCGAAGCAGAACUGCUGAUCGACGAUCGCGUCGAGGAGGUGCUGAGCGUACUGGCGAUUCCUUUCGCUGGUGAAGUGUUGAAGGGCAGCAUUCAGUACAACGAGGAAGUGCUGCGGUUUCUGGUGCCGCCGGCAAACGGGGAGGACACUCCGGGCGCGGGCACGCUGACCGACGGUCGGCGUCCGCUCGUGAUCCGGAACCAAUUCCACGUGCCAUUGUCGAUCACGAACAUUAGCGUACCGGAAAACUGCUCGCGCUACUUCACGAUCGACGACUUCGGCCCGAUCGUCCUGCAGCCAAACGAUGAACGCACACUGCUCCGUAUCUCGCGUAAGCCGACGGCCAACGGCGGUGACGAUCGGUGGCCCCCGGGUACGAUCUCCACGCACAUCCGGCUGACGACGAACAUCACCGACUACGAGCUUCCGGUGCUCGCGUACAGUGGCAAGCUGGAGCGCAUUCUGUCCCCCGAGGUACGUGACGCCUCGCUGCUAACUGGACUUCCGGCUGAACUUGUUAGUAGGCUCAAUGACGAAGACGAAGAGUUUGAGCUCGACUUUGCCGUGCUUCCGAUUGCGACCAUUGGCGAAGCGUUGGUUGCGUUCGUCAAUCCGAACCCCGUCCCGAUACCGAUCAUCCACUGGAAGGGUGCGAUCACGUCGGAGGCGGCGGUCGGUGCUCCGACGAUCACCGUCGUCCUGCUGGGCUGCGGAGCGCUCCGGCUGGACGAGCUCGCCUUUUGCCACACGGUGCAGCCGGGCGAGUGGAUCGUCUAUCAGAUCAGCGUUCAGAGUGGCACGAUCGAUAGCUACCAGGGCCGGUUCACGGUGAAAACCGACUACGAGGAGAUCGUGACUCCGCUCCGCUUCACCACCGCCGUCGGUGACCUGCAUCUCAUACGGGAGCGUCUACGCUUUGCCAAUUGUUUUCCGGGGAAACUGUGUUCCGUGCCACUGAUGGCCGCUUCCACGUUCCCGUCGAAGAUCCACAUCGAGAGCAUCCGGACGGAGGUGCCGGGGUUGAGCUACGAGUUCCUGUCGCCGGACAAGCAGCGGCCGCUGCCCACCGUGGUCCUGUACCCGGAGUCGAUGGCCACGAUCGGUCGGCUGCUGUUCGACCCGAAGGCAGUGUGCGGCACCGAGUGUUACAGUAGCUUCGAUCUGCUCUCGAAACCGUUCGGGGUGAAGUGGAUGGCGACGCUGGACAGCUACGAGCAGUACCGGCGCCUGGACAGCGACAAGCUGCUCGAGCAGCUGCAGCGUUACGCCGAAAUGCGCCAGCGGUUGACGAGCGUCCAGUUUCAGGUGCUGGCCGAGGCCGCGAGCCGCAAGUUCGAGUUCAACGCAAGCGUCGAGCUGGCGUGGCCGAAGCUGCUGCACGAGAACGUCUUCUUUCCGACGCUGCAGGUCGAACAGGAGGCGGUCAAGCUGAUCACGAUCAACAACCCGUCCGAUCAGAUCCUGUUCGUGCACCUGGUGCUGCACGACGUGGCCGUGCACGGGCCGACCCCGGCCGUGGACGGUGGAACGCCGCUGCCGGCCGAGGUGCUGACGGCGUGCCCGAACUGUAGCCUCAGCGAGGAGCCCGUGUUCUCGUUCUUUCUCUUCGACACCGACGACAUCUACGUGAACUACGUGAAACCGCAAUCGUUUCUGCGCAUCGCGGUCAAGUUUACGGCCCGCCAGCCCGGCACCUACUCGACCGUGCUGUACAUGCGCAACAACCUCACGCUAAUCGAUGCCGCCUGGAUACAGGCGCGGGCCGUGGUGCCGCAGUUCAAGUUUGGCAACCGGCGGCCCGGUUCACCGACCGCACUGCAGUUCGAGAUGACCGACAAGCACUUGCGGUUGUGCGGAAACGCGUACUACGACCAGCAGCAGCAGCAGCAGCAGAGGUCGGAGGGGACCGGCCCUAUCAACAGCCGGAAAACGGAUGAGGCGGAUGGACCCCGCCGGCCGCCGGCGGAAGGUGCUCAGCUGGAGGCGGGCGUCGAAACGCGGCGCACGUUUACGGCGCGCAAUUACGGUGAGGUACCGAUCGUGAUAUCCGGCAUCCGGAUCGAGGAAGCGCUCUGCGAAGGAUACGGCUUCAAGGUGCUGGACUGCGCACCGUUCGAGCUGCCGCCGAACGCGAGCCGUAAGAUUGAGAUUGCGUUUGCGCCGGACUUUACGUUGGCGCGCGUCGUGCGGAUGCUCCACUUCGACACGAACAUCAACAACUUUCCGGUCAACUUCACGCUCCUCGGAACGGUCCCAAUGCGCGGCCUGGAGAUGUGCGGGCUGAGCUUGCAGCGACCGUGGUUCGAAGCGGUCUUCCGGAUGCUGCUGAUGGUGGCCGUAACGGCCGCCUUGGCGGGUACGCUCGUGGCCGCAUUCCUUGACUCGAACCGGGUGCUGAGGAACCACUUUGUGAGCAUGACGCGUGAGAAGGGCCCGGUCCAACCCCCGCUCGAUCUACGGCAGAUUGCGUUGCAGCACUCAUCUGCCGCAGCCGGGGCCGCACCGUCCACGACGGCCUCCGAGGUGAAGGACUCACAAGGAAGCGGAAACCAUCGAUCCGCUUCGGCGACGAUGGCGUCACGCAACAAUCGCAAAGCCGACCGUAAAGGAAGUCUCCCUCAAACGCAACCGAAGGGUGGCGGUGCGGAUCGGGCGCCGAAUGGAACGGGUCCGACGCAUGGACCGGCGGCCGCAGACAGUACCGCCAAUCGGUUCACCCGUGCCUGGGCGGAGUUUACCGCCAAUCUGAAUCGGGGUGCUGACGCCGCGAAGCAAGCGGCGGCAGGAUCGAGGACACAAGCGGCCGUCAACAAAAGCGGCCGUCGGUCGAUCACGCCACCCAAGGAAAUGACCACCAAAGAGCGAUCGAAGCCAAACGCCUCGGAAGAAGUUGGGGACAGUGGUGCUUUGGGCACCGAUUUCAGGAACGAAGCGGCCGCCGUGACAGCAGGGCGUACUAAUGGUGGACAGGCGACGGCGACGGUGGCACCGGUGCCGGUGCCGAAUGAGUCGAAGCAACCCACCAAAUCGACAGCAGUCGUCGUAACCAGUGACUUAACGGGCGUGCUUGAAUCAAAUUCAAAUGUCGCCAAACAGCAGCAGCAGCAGCAACAUCAUCAAACAUCGUCAUCACCGAGGAACUUCGUCAAAGAGGACUGUUCGUCACUCGAGGCAAGCGCAAGCGGAUCGUCAUCUUCGGUAUCGUCACCCUCGUCGUCAUCGUCUUCAUCGCCCUCACCAACGACGAAGCAGCAGCAACAGCCACAUCCGAGGCCAUUCCAACCGCCCACCGGUGGCGGCGGCGGUGCACCGAAAGCGAACGUCAAGAAGAUGAAGAGUCUCCCAGUCAGCUACGAAUCGGUGGUGGUCUCAUUGGCCACCUCUAGUCAAAAGCCAACGGUAACGGCGACAACCACGACGACACCCUGCUCAACGGCGGCCAUUGCCCUACCGAAGGAAUCUUCAUCAUCCCGUGCGUCGACAAGUGACGACGGCACUAGCGGUGGCGUUGGAACCAAGUGUCGCAGUGGAAAGCAAACGCAAUCCACGGGAGGAUCUCGUGGAGCACCGAGUGCCGGGACCACCGGAAAUGCCAGGAGCGUAGAACUGCUUAAGGCAAGCGACAAGCUUGCUGCCUUCCUCGUGACGUCCGAUGGCGGCGGUGCUUACGUGGAGAAGGAAAACAACAACCCUGGUGGCAACGUCGUAAUCCUGCCCGCUGUAGGUGGUCCUCUCGGUAGCGGUAUUAAUGGGCAGAUUGAAGCUGCCCAGCAGCAGCAGCAGCAGCAGCAGGCUGCGGCGAAAAAGUUCAGCAAAACUCCGGGCCGCGAGCGAAAGUCCAACCAGGGCAAGAAAGGGACGGCAAACGGCGGUGGUGGUAAACAGGGUGCGGCGCAGCAGUACAAGGGCACCGCUCUGCAGUUCAGCUCCCCGUCUCAGCAGCAGCACAAAUCCUCCACACUCGGAACGAUCCUGCAGAAUGCUUCGAUCCCGUUACCAACGGCGGCGGCCAGCACUUCAUCGACGGUUUGGGGAGAAAAUUGCGCUCGCUUCAGCGAUGUCGUUGCUCAAAUGCCGAAUGCAAAGCCCGCUUCGAUUGCGAACGGUGGUUUCGGAAUGGAUCUAUUUACUCCACUGUCUACGGGCGCUGCUUCGGGACAGGCACGGCUAAAUCAAGGCGCCAAUCUGAAGACGCUUGGUAAUAGCUACGGAACGAGUGGCGUAAUGUCCUCGCUGUCCACUGGUGCUGGUGGAGCUCCUCGCAAACACGCCCUCCAGGACUCGUCUAAUCGGUAUGAAACGGUUAAAGCGAAAGACGAAAGCUACAAGUCCGCCCCGUUCGUCACCACAGCAACGGCUAACUUGGGUCCGAUUGGAACGUCGAAGAAAUCACCGACUGACAGCGGCACCGAUAGUGGGCCCGAUGGUGAUGGCAUUGGAUUCGGUGCCGGCCUAGCAGGCACCGGUGUGACAAACUGCUGGGAACCAUUCGGUGGACAUGUCAUACAUCGUCCCGGACAGCUGCCCACAGCCAGGGGAGCAGAAUCUUCUUGCAUUGCUCCAGGCACGGCCAGCCAACAGUCGGACAGUUUCUUUUCACAAUCCUUUGCCGAUCUACACCACCAGCAGACGGACCAGAGCGAUCGCUUCCGGGGAGUUUCAGCGUCGGUGGCCACACCAACACCGUCCAUGGUGCAGCCGCAUAAUCGUGGUUCGCUAUUGGCAGCCCACAUCGGUGGCGGAACUCUGGGAAACGAUUUUGUUGGACAACGAAACGCAUCACUUUCGAUGCAUCAACAGCAGCAGCAGCAGCAGCAGCAUGAGUGGAACAGCACCGGUGCCAGCAUCGAAGGCGCUCCAAUGAACUGGCCCUUAUCGUCCGCGCACAAAUCGAACCCAUCAUCCACGACGACGGCAGGGCUGCUCGAAUGGGGAGCUUCCGAUGUUUGGAACAAUCUGGCCACUCAAACGCAGUACGAGCAGUUUGAGCUUGCUUUUUCGAUGCAAUACCCAGUCGGAAUCAUGGCUGCUGCGGCCGCACACGCCUCCGCCAAUCGUUUACGGCAACUCCAACAAGCCGCUUCACUGGCAACCGACGAUACCCAGUCUACAGAAUACCCGGUCGGAAUCAUGGCAGCUGCGGCCGCACAAGCCUCCGCCAAUCGUUUGCUGCAACUCCAACAAGCCGCUUCACUGGCAACCGGCGACGGUCUGGGGCAUGGUGCGUGCCUGACCGACGCUUGGUACGCAACGCAGUCAGCGAUCGCUCCACCGCCCGGUUUCUCCAACCUGCUGUCCGUAGGUGGGCCGGCAAACGCCAUUGGUGGGAUGGCGCUCCUUCAGCAACAGCAACAGCAGCAACAGCAACAGCAGCAACAGCAUCAGCUGCUUCUUUCACAUCAAAACCACAACAGCAACAACCACCAUCAUCAGCAUCACAGCCAGCAGCAGCAGCAUCAGCAGCAGCAGUUACUCCGUCAGCUAUCGUCCGAUGAGGCAACAUCAACCGCCGUCAGUGGCGGCUCUUCGGGAGGACCAUCGUCACCGACCGUUCCUAGCGCCGCUGUGGGCGGUGGUGCUGCAUCAUCAUCCUCCUCGUCCCGCUCAUCAUCCGGCGCCUCGUCUUCGUCAUCUUCGUCCGCAUCGUCCUCGUCCGCGUCGUCGUCGUCGAUCGUUACCUCCACGUACGAUCCCUUUCAACUCGGUUCGAUCUGGGCUUCGGCUAGCAAUAGCGAUCCGUGGGCAGCGGCAGCCAAGAAGAAGUAGAAUCAGUGAUGGCUUACGAUUGCGCAUCACUGGCUCACUGGCCGUUUGGCCUGUGAGAGUGCUUUACAAAUCAUGAUAUUUUUUGUCCGGGAUGGGCCUCUUUCGCGGUCUAAUCCCUCCCUUCAUGGAUUGGUCCAUCCAUUUUUUCUCUCUUUGUUCUUUUCACCACCCGAACGUGGCAGUUUGAAAUUAUGUUCAAUAACCAUUGGCAAAGUAUGGAUAAAACUGUUGCUUUCAUAAUGUUUCUUUUUAAAAUUAGAUUAUCGUUUGCACCGGAAGCGCACGAGAUGGCGCAAAACUUUCGAAUCUUUGGAAUUAGUUUUGCCAGAAAACGCGAAACUGAAUUGAAUUCGGCCUUCUCUUGGCAAUGGUUGGCGCGAACAUUAAAAUCACUAUCAAGUCGCUUACGUUUUAGAGAUACUUUGUAAUACUCUACCACCAUGUUGGUUCCGAUGCUUCCGGUGGGUUGCCGGUGCAGUAAUUUUAACUUUUUUCUCUCCUUUUUCUCUUUAUCAUUAUCGCUUUAUUAACAUUUGUUCUCACUUUGUUCAGUGGCUGCAAGCUGCUGUUGAUUAAUUCUCAUAACGUUUUCCCCCUUUUUCCUUCUCCACAUGCUAAAACUUUUACUUAGUUUACUAUUGUUUCACUAUCUAUUUUUACCUUUGGAUUUUAUUGGACUAGAAAUGAAUAUUCGCACCUUUUUGUCGCUUGGCGCGCACCCACUUUGCCGAUUUGAUUGGGUGGAAAACGGCCUCAGGCAACAC